AAUCAAUUUCUCAAGAGCAGGAAACCAGCGUUUCAUAAGGAGUUGCGAUUAGUCAUGUUUCAUAAACAAAACAGAGAGCAGUUUAACUGUCACACUGGUUACAGAAGAGUCUCAACAGUUGUGAGGAGUUUCUGGUGUAUUGUUCUGAAUGAAGAAUACACCCUUUCCUCGACACUAUGAAGAGACUGUACUUCAUCGAGCCGAUCGUAGCGAUUUACGCGUUUGCCAGUUUUAUGCUGUAUCCCCUCGUGCAGCAGUACGUGUAUCGCAGAUUGUGGCUGGAGAUCACAAACUCCUCUUACACCGUGUCCGAAAACACAUCCCAGUGCGCCUCCAACAACACCAGUCACAGCAGACAGCAAGAUGAGGUACAGAAAGCAGCUUCUCUGUUCUCCAUGUACAGUGAUUUGUCCUCCAUGAUCCCCAGUCUCAUAAUGACCCUCCUCCUGGUGGCCUACAGCGAUCAGCGCGGCCGAAAGAUCACUAUUAUUAUGCCCCUCAUUGGGUCUCUGAUCUACACGCUUUCAUUCCUGGCGGUGUCCUUCUUCGAGCUCAACCUCUACCUUCUCAUUGCCGCCAGUUUCGUAAGUGCCCUCUUUGGGGGUAUCGGCACCAUGCUAGGUGGCUGCUUCUCCUAUGUGGCCGAUUUGUGUGAGGACAGCAAGCAGAAGACCCUUCGCAUGGCUGUGGUGGACAUGAUGAUUGGCUUGUUGGCCGGUGUGGCGUCAAUCUCCACGGGCUACUUCCUGCAUGCAGUCGGGUUCAACUGGCCUUUCUUUACAUCCGCCCUGUUUCAGGCGGUUAACUUAAUAUACGCUGUCUUCAUUCUGGAAGAAACCAGGGUGAUUGACCAGACCGAGAAAGUGGCUUGUUGUCAGGCCAUGCAGAAACUAGCUCGUGGUAUCUGCAACUUGUUUGUGGGAGGCAGCAGUCAGAGAAAAUGGGUUCUUGUGCUGCUGAUUGUCACUUUCUCCUCCUUAUCUUUUGUUAAUACGGGGGGUCUGUCCAUGAUCACACUUUACGAACUCAAUGAGCCGCUGUGCUGGAGCGAGAUCCUCGUCGGCUAUGGCGCUGCGGCCAGCACCUCCAUCUUCAUCACUAGUUUCGUCGGUGUGUAUUUGUUCUCCCUCUGUCUGCCUAACAUUGCCAUCACCUUCAUCGGGAUGCUGUCAGUCGCUAUAAGCAUGUUCAUGACGGCCUUCGCAAAGACCACGCUCAUGAUGUUCCUCGUGAGGAUUCCUGCGAUGUUUGCCAUUAUGCCGUUCCCUGUCCUGCGUUCGAUGAUGUCAAAGGUCGUCUCAAAGUCUGAGCAGGGAGCGCUUUUUGCCUGUGUGGCCUUUACAGAAAACUUAAGCACUAACGGGUCUGCUGCAGUUUUUAGCAGGAUCUACGCGGCCACUGUGGCAUGGUGUCCUGGCUUUAUCUUCCUAUUGGGUUCUGGACUCUGUAUCAUACCCAUAAGCCUAUUAGGCAUAUUUAGGUGUUUCUGUUCCUUGGAUUCUAAUGACAAUCAAGCACUCUUAUCAGAAGACGAGACUGAAGCCUCAGAUGACCCACCUGCACAGUAGUUUAAACUCAAAUCAAAGGGAGUUUGGAUACCUCAUGGUCCCCUUGUGUGUUUCUUUACAUUUCCUCAUACACAUAUGGGUAAUCUGUUUAAGCCAAGGUAUAUAAUUAAUUUUUUUUUUUUUUGCUGAAAUGCAGUAGAUGCUAAUGGUGGUUUUGAAAGGAAAAAGAAAUGUAUAGCCCUAAAGGGAAAUUUUGUAAAGGAGUAAAUAUAUAUAUAUAUAUAUAUUUUAAAUAACGAUAAGAAUAAUUUUUAGCAAAAACUAAAUUUACACUUCAAGAAAAUGCCAGUCACUUGCAAGGCAGCAACAAAACAGUUUAGGCGUGUUUUAGGUUAGGCUUUGAUCCUGUGUCAUCUGCAAAAAGAAUCAAUAAGUAGUUGAAGUGAAAGGGAUCUAUAAGAGACAAGUACAAUCACAAUUCAGUAUGCAAACAGAUGUAAGAAAGAUCACCAAUCCAAUUCAUUAUGUUAAUAUAACAAUGAUAUAAUCUCUGGCAAUAAUAGUUUAGAAAUGUAGGAUUAAAUAUUAAAAAUCAUGAUUUGAAUAGACUCUUUAAACUGAAAAUGUACUGCCUUACAAGUCUAAUGUUUGGGCUGAUGUGCAAUACAUUUUUGUUUUGUAUAGACCAACAUUAACUGUAGAUUUAUAAUGUAUGUACAAUUGUAUUUUAUAAAGCUAAAGAUUUAGGAUGCAUCUUUAUAGUGUUUUAAAUGUUUCUAUGCUUUUCUAAGUGUGGCAGGUUUUCAUUAGUCUCUGAUCUGAGCCAUGAGCAAUUGAGCCAAUAAGCUCUGACCUGCCCUUGACUGUGUGCCUGACUGUGUGCUGUAAUUUUCAUAUACCAUCUCAUCUUGACAAAAUCAUGUCAAGAUACAUAAAUUAUAAACUAGUGUAGAUCAUUUUAUUUUGUUUGGAGGUUAAGCAGUGAAAAAAUGAUUUUGGAGGACUGGGCACAUCAGUCAGUUGAUAUUUCUACAUAUCUACAUAUUUAUUUCAACAUGCCUGUUCUUAUGCUCCUACACGCACAAACUACAUACACCAUAGAAAUCUACUGAACCACUGAAAAAAGAAAAAAAAAAGAUCUAUUCACAAAAACACUUUUGUGUUACUGAUUUAAACUACAAAAUUGGGUAACUUGUGUGCAGUUGUGAUGAGUUAAAUAUAACUACAUAAAGUUUAUGUUAUGAAAUUGAAUAAAUUAAAUAAAUCAAAUUUUACAGCCUG